AUGCAUCCGAGCGACGAACCACGAAAGCGCACGGCGCGUGCUUGCGAUUCAUGCUACCGGCGCAAGCGCAAGCGAAAGACUGGUGAUGAUGAUGAUGAUGAUAGUCGGCCCAAGGCCUCGAAGCUUUCGGAGCGGAUCAGUCGUAUCGAGCAGCUUUUGGCGGGGAAUCUGAUGCGAGAUGCCGGAUCUGUACCGCCAGAUCUGUCGCAGAUCGCAGAUGGUAAUACAACCGCGAGCAAUUCACCCAGCAACAGCAGUGCCGUCCAGCCCCUAAUAUCAGCUUCAGUGGGUGUUCAUUUCGCCGGCCGAGAGCUAGGUGGCAUCAGUGUACUCACUGGAAUACCAUUCCUGCUCCCAGAAGGCCAAGAAUGGAUUCAGGCUCGCACCGGGCAGACCAUCGCCAGCAACAAGCUUAGCCCAACCCGAGCACCAUGGGAGAAAGAACGUGGCCAGGCCACGAACAAUUUCCUAUUAGAGCUGCAAAGUCAUGACUCGUUCAAGCUGCCAGACCAACGAAUUCUUCGUCUCUACCUGGAUGCUUACAAGAAUUCUCUACUGAUGAUGAGGCUGUUCCCCGUCAUUGAUCCUGAACUGUUCGAAGAGACCAUAAUCUCGGCUUAUCAACAACCACCGAAUAACUUUCAGCUUGGGCAAGCCAGCACUCGAGCUUGUAUCAUCGCAUUUCUUGCCUUUACUGCGCGCCUUCCGCCAGUACAAAUUCAGCUCGAUGCCUACACAGCCACCUUAGUAGACCAUGAUGCCAUGGCUACCCGAGCCGAAUUCCUACUUUCUCAAAUCUUGCAGGAACCGGCGUCCUUGGAAGGAGCACAGGCAGUGACUAUGCUAACUGUGUAUGAAUUAUCAUGUGGAAACAUGCGAGCGACGAACUACUUUGCUUCGAUUGCAGCACGUCUGCUCUUCAUGCUGGGUGCAAAUUUGAUGGACGUUCGAAUGAGCACCGGUGAGCGCGGCAAGAAAAAGCAUCAGUUGCUGCGCAAUCUUUUCUGGAUUUGCUACACCCUCGACAAAGAUGUGCCGCUUCGUACCGGACAACCACCUACUAUUGCUGAUGAAAAUUGCGACUUGACUCUUCCACCGGGUUAUGUGGAUCAAGCUCACCAUGAUGUCGAAAAUGAAGAUGUGCACUUCGAUCAGCCGGUAUUUCCCUUCGAUUUGCGUCUCAGUAUUAUCAAGUCGAGGGCGCACAGUGCCUUGUAUUCCGUCAGCGCCAUGAAAAAGUCCGACGCCGAUCUUCUCAAGUCGAUCCGUGAACUGGAUGAUGAGUUGGAAGCGUGGCGACUAUCACUUCCGCCUCAUUGGCGUCCCACAAUGUCUUUCUCACCCGAGGCAUCCGAUCCUAAUAUUAGCAUGCACUCGGUCAUGUUACGUCUCAACUACUAUCUAUGCAUGAGCAUCAUUCACCAGGCGAGCAGUCGAUGCAAAGCAUGGCAGGAAGGAAGUGGCAUGAUGGACGGGGUCAGUUCAAGUCUAGCACUUUCCGUUGAAGCCAGCCGCUCGACCCUUUGCUAUUUGGAAGCGGCAGAACACGUUCUGGUUGACGGUGUCUUCUGGACUCUGAUCUUCUACCCCAUGUCUGCACUGCUCUCUAUCUUCUGCAGCAUCCUCCAGAACCCACUAGAUCCCCGCUCACGCGAUGAUUUGGGUAGCCUGAAGAUGGCAACGCGCAUGAUGGACCGCGUAUUCUCGCGAAAGCUGCCCGAUAAUGAAGUAGUCCACUUCAAGCUGGUGGCUGACUUCGUGGUGGAGCUGAAGCGGCUCGCGGAAGCCGCUAUCGACAAGGCGUGGCUUGAGCAGAGCCGCAGCUCGCUUCUGUCUUAG